ACCACAUUUGUUUAUUAUUCCGCCAAAAAACCUUUUUGAUUAAAUGCACAAUGUCUGCCUGCAGUGCCACCGAAAUUGCCGAGAAGAAACGCAUUGCACUAGCCAAGCUUCAGGCGAAGAAGACACAGCUCCUGGCUGCCGGAGCAGCCACCUCGUCCACAACUCCAACAAGUGCACCGCAAAAACCCACAACAAAUGGGAACUCCAAUGUGCCACAGGUCAAAUCGCCCCUUAAUUUCUACCGCUCUCCGCCGGCGGAGCAGCAGAAGAUCAGCCGGAUAGCCCAAGCCUCCAGUGACAACAAAAGUUCAUCGUUUUUAAAUGCAUUGAAGGCGAUAAAACAGACUUCAACGAGGGAGUUGGCCAGAGGAGCCGCACAUCCUUACCAGAAACCGAACAACGAGGCGGGAAAGGGGAAACCCAGUCUUUCUCUUGCACCAGAGAAGGAGGACAGGCCAUCGGUGGCACAGCGACUGAGCUCUAUAACCUGUAGCCUUAACAUGAUAAGUACACAUCGCUUUGCCGUCCACACGACGGGUUACCAUGAACAACUUAUUGCCGUGUUUAAGAAUAUGCCCACACGAUCCUACGACAAUAACACACGUAUAUGGACUUUCGACUUGAAGGACUACCAAACGCUUCUAAAGCACACAGCGGAUUUAAAACCCUAUGUUCAUAUGAACAGCAUUCCCAAAAAGGUGAUAGAUCUCUGCCAGAAGCCACCGACGGCCCUUGACAAGAGUGUAUUGGCGUCCAUAGAACCUAAGCUGGCAGACAAGCUUAUGCCGUUUCAGCAGGAUGGAGUAUGCUUUGCCAUCGCCCAAAUGGGUCGCAUAAUGAUCUGUGAUGAGAUGGGCCUGGGGAAGACCUAUCAAGCCCUUGCAGUGGCGGACUACUUUCGAGACGACUGGCCUCUGCUAGUUUGCACAACCGCCUCGACACGAGACAGUUGGGCAAAGCAUGUUGUGGAGCUGCUACCCAAGGUGCCCAUCCACUAUCUCCAGGUGCUGAACAACAACCAGCAGUAUGUAGCCGAGGCACAGGUAUUAAUCACCAGCUAUAACAUGAUGGAGCGCCACAUGGACAAACUACUUCAGCGAAAAUACGGCUUUAUCAUCUUCGACGAGUCACACACUUUAAAAAACAGCAAAGCCAAGUGCACGGCAGUGGCCAAGAGGCUUACUGAUCAGGCUAAACGUGUAAUCCUAUUAUCUGGUACUCCAGCUCUGUCAAGGCCCUUGGAACUGUUUACCCAACUUCAAAUGGUAGACAGCAAGUUUAUGAACUUUAUGGAGUUUACCACUCGGUACUGUGAUGGAAAACAAUCAACGUUUGGCUGGGAUGCCAAUGGGCAAUCUAACUUGGAAGAGCUUAAAGUUAUUCUCACUCUAAAGUACAUGCUGCGGCGAACAAAAACAGAGGUUCUUCCUCAGCUGGCUGAGAAAAAUCGAGAAACAGUCAUCCUAGAUCCUGCUUUGGUGUCCAUCAACGAGGAGACCAAAACUAGCUUAGACGCCUUCAGCAAGGAACUCAAUUCCAGUAAAGGCAAGACCAAGGAGGAGAUCUUGCUCCGUUUCUAUGCCCGCACAGCCGAAGUAAAAACAAAGGCGGUCUGUGCCUACUUAAAAACUUUGGUUAAAGAGAAAAUCAAGUUCAUCAUUUUUGCACAUCAUCGAGUCAUGAUGGACGCUAUUAGCGAUUGCCUUGCGGAGCUAAGAGUCCACUAUAUUCGCAUUGAUGGACAGACUCGUAGCGAUCUCAGGGCAGACUUUGUGGACACCUUCCAAAAGAACAGCAGCUGCAAAGUUGCUUUGCUUUCCCUAAAGGCCUGUAAUUCCGGGAUCACCCUGACGGCAGCCGAGAUGAUUCUGUUUGCCGAACUUGACUGGAAUCCAAGUACCCUGGCUCAAGCUGAGAGUAGAGCCCAUCGCAUUGGACAGACAAAAGCCGUCAUCUGUCGCUAUUUAAUGGCCCAUGGUACUGCCGAUGACACUAUCUGGGCAAUGCUGAAAAACAAGCAGGAAGUGCUCAGCAAAGUAGGGAUCUUUGCUGAAAACCUUCAGAAAGCCACACACACAGCAGCACCCACUACGUCUCACAAAAUCGAAGAGUACUUCUCACCGGCCAAAAGCUCAUCAGCCAAACCGGAAAGAGGCUCCAUUAGGCAAUACCUAUCCCCAGUUCCUGCCAAAUCUCACAGUGAACCAAAUAAUAAUUUGGAAAACACCAAAGAACCGAAUAAGGAAUCAGAUAUUGCAGCCUUUUUCAACGAUGAUGAUGACGAGGCGUUCAUGGAUCUGGAUAUUUAGAUA